AUGACCAUGAAUGAACCAUCGGAGACCAUCAUGGAGGUGAGGGAAGAUUUCAUGGUUUCACCUGCUGGUGAUAGCAAACCAACUUUCAGAACAGCCCAUUUUCUGAAACCCUUUGCUACCUCCACUAAUGGAACAUGUUCAUGUUCUGAGACACUCUCAUCCUAUUUGUCACCCAUGUUUGAACCAAAGGAGUGGCCUUUGAAAGUCAAUUUCAAUGGGUGGCGCAUACCCCAAAAGAAAUGGGUUACUUGGGUGGAUACCCUUCAUCUCAGGUAUGAAGCUGUGUGGAAAAAAGUAGGCAUCUUUGAAGCUAUCAUGAGUACUAGGUACCACAUAUUGCAAAAUCGUAACUUGGUAUUUGGGGUUACAGAGAAGUGGUGUUCUAAGACAAACACCUUUGUGUUUCCAUGGGGUGAGGCCACAAUCACAUUGGAGGAUGUCAUGGUUUUGGGGGGUUACCCUGUUGUUGGUGACCCUGUUUUCACCUCACUUGGGAGCCCAGAAAUGAGAGAGGCAGAAAAUAAAAUGCUUCUUGAAAGAAAAGAAAUUUGUAGGAGCAAAAAUUGUAAGGCUCGUGCAUCAGUAUGGGUAGAUACUUUUAUGAAUAGUGGGAGUGAAAUGGAGCAUGAAGCAUUCCUUGCUACUUGGUUGUCAGUGUUUGUUUUUCCUCAUGAAUGCAUGGUAAAGAAGUCUCUCUACCCUAUUGCUAUCCUUCUUGCUAGAGGUAAUCCUAUUGCUUUGGCACCUGCAGUCUUGGCUAGCAUAUAUAAGGAUUUGGGUAUUUUGAAAGAAACAAUGGUUGAUUUUACAAAAAUUCCAGUAGUUGGUGAUAAAUUGCCCAUGAAGUUUGAGGUGACUCUUGAGUCACCAUUUCACUUGGUUCAAAUUUGGGCUUGGGAGAGGUUCAAAAGUUUGCAGCCACAACCCAAUUUAACUAGCUGUGGAGACCCUGCAUUGUUUAGGUGGCACAAGGUUAGUGCCAUGAAAAUUGACAAUGUGAGGGUAGCACUAAAUUCAGCCGAGGAUGAUUUUCUUUGGCGCCCAUAUGUGAGAUAUGCUGGUAAGUACAGAGCACUCUAUCCAGAAAAUGAAAUCCAUGUACAGUUUGAGGCUGAUUUGAAUAAAGAUCUGGCCUCAUUUGUUACAUUUACUAGAGUUUCCGAGCUUGUUGGAAUUGAUUCGACUACAAUGCAGUACCUCCCACAUAGAGUUGCUAUGCAAUUCGGAAUGGAUCAAGAUGUUCCUGGUUGUGUGCCUCUAUGCAAUGGGACUAAAGCCAAUGCUUAUAGGAAUUUUUAUUUUCCAGCUAGGCUUUUUGAGGCAGACGUUACUAUGCGUUAUGCAAGAUGGUGGAACCAAUCAGUAUGGUAUCAUCCAGGUUUUGCUAAGAACAUUGUGCGGAGGAAGAGAAGUGCAAGGCCAUCAAAAUGUGGACCUCAUGAAGCAAAAGCAAACAGAACUGCUAAUGGUGCUGAUUUUCCACCCGGGCUCCCUCCCAAACUUAUUAGCACUAUUAAUUUUGGAAAAUCUUGUGAUGGUGGCUUAAAAACUGUGAAGGAGGAAAAUGUUGUUGAUGAUGUACUUCCUGGUUUUCUUCCUAAACGUUUGAAAAUGGUUCCUUCUGGAAAUUCUGUCCAAGACUGUUUGAAAGCAAAUCAAUACUCAUCAACCUCCUCUGCUGAUUUUGGAAAAUUUAAAAUGACAUUGAAGCCACAUUCAAAAGAUAACACUGUAACUUCAUUAGGGAGUUUGAAGGAAGAUUUUGAAGAUGCAAAUGGGAUAGAAGAAUCAAAGUUGUCAAGUGACAAAGUAAGGCUAUCUGGGACUCAAGGUGAAAGGUAUAACUGGGUAAAAGCACUGUAA